GAGAACUUUUCUUUUCGGAGGGAGGUAGUAUAUUAAAGGAGUCUUGAGUAAACUUGUCAUAGGAGAUGCAGAAAAUGGAUGAAGUUCACGGCUGAAGGUCGGAUGCGGAGUCGCGGACAGGUUACAGCUCACGCUUUUGUAAGCAGCAACAUGGUGCAAGAAGCUUGUUCCCUAAUUCCCUUUAACCUUUUGUGAAGUGAAGUACCUCAGAAGUUGAGAUGUUUCUCACUGCACACAAUGAAGCAAAUGGAACCCUUGAAGAUGGAAAUAGACCUUGACCGGAUCAGCAAUUUGCCGGCACAAAUUACUGACAAGAUCUUAUCACACUUGUCACUUAGGGAUGCCGUCACAACAAGUGUCCUAUCAAGUAAAUGGAGAUACAAAUGGGUUACUCUUCCAAACCUCAUAUUUGACAAUCAGAGUCUUUUUGCUUCUCCCCAAGACCAUUCCCUUAUUAAAAGCAAGAUAGUCAGCAUAGUUGACCAUGUAUUGUUACUUCACGUGGGACCAGUACACAAAUUCAAGCUUUCUCAUCGGGAUCUUCAAAACGUUGUUGAUAUUGAUAAAUGGAUUCUUUUCCUGUCUAGAGGUCCUAUAAAGGAAUUUAUACUAGAGAUUUGGAAGGGCCAUCGCUAUAAACUCCCAUCAGCCACAUACCUCUUCCACAAACUAGUCCACUUGGAACUGUUCAAUUGUCUUUUGAAACCGCCGGUGACAUUCAGUGGCUUUAAAUGCUUGAAGAGUCUUGAUCUUCAGCACAUUUCCAUGGAACAAGAAGCAUUUGAGCAUCUCAUCUAUAGCUGUUCUUUGCUUGAGCGGUUGACUUUGAUGAACUUUGAUGGGUUUAAUCAUUUGAAGAUACAUGCUCCUAAUCUCCUCUACUUUGAUGUUGGGGGUGUUUUCGAUGAUGUUAGUUUCAAAGGUACUUUCUAUCUGGCCACUGUCUCUAUUGGUUUAUAUGCGAAUGAUGUUGAGGAAAACAUGGGUUUUGCUGGAAAUGGAAAUUUAGUCAAGUUUUUUGCUCAUCUGCCCAGAAUACAAAGGCUCGAAGUGCAGAACUACUUCUUGAAGUAUUUGGCUGCUGGUAUAGUACCGGGAAAACUACCUAGACCUUGUAAUGAGCUUAGUUUCCUUUCUGUACGCAUCAAUUUCAACUCUAUGGAUGAGUAUCUAGCGGCUCUAUGCCUACUCCGGAGUUCUCCCAAUCUUCAGGAGCUUGAAGUUGUGGGUCGCGCAGAAGAACAGAAUUCACCACCAGUUGGGAUUGCCUUGGGGGAAGAGAAGUAUCAGAAUUUUAAGUUUAAAAGACUGCGGGAGGUUAAGAUAUCUGGAAUCUCUGGUUUCAGACAAGAGCUGAACUUCAUAAAGUUGAUUCUGGGGAAUUCACCUGAUCUUGAAACAAUGACUAUCAAGCCCUCUUCGAGCGAUGGAGCUUGGGAGAUGUUGAAACAACUUCUCCGCUAUAGACGUGCCUCUGUCCAGGCCGAAAUCAUCUACCUUGACCCUUAGCAUUAUUAUGCGGCGUCACCUUUAAAAGUAAAACUACUCCCUCUCGCCCUAUUGAUCGGAUAAGAUGAAGCUGUCUUACAUACAAGUCAUGUUAGUAAUAAUGUCGAUGCAAAUUUAAAUUGUUUUCCACAAUCUCCCAUAUUAAAUGAAGCUGUGAGGAAGAUACGAGAUUGUUGCAAACAAUGAAAGUAGUAUUGAGUAAGGUCAGUAGUCAUAUUCAAAAAGCUAAGAAUAUUUUAUCUACUUAGUUUGUGUAAGCCAAAAUGGAGCCCCAUAAGUUGGAUCAGAG